AGGAGCCGCGCUGGGCUGCGGGGCUGGGACAUUCCUGGGUCGACGAGCAGCCUCGCCGCGGCCGUGAUUUGCUGAGCAACUCGACACUGGCUUCAGAGAUGCGUGUGUGUUGAGGAGGAGACGGAGCCGAGCGACUGGAGGGAAGCGAGCGAACAACGGGUCGGACACAGAGACGGAAGAGAACGUGUGUGUGCGCGCACCGAGCCGGGGAGUUACGCGUUCUUCGUCCAAACACACGGACUUCGCGGACGAACACCUCGGGUCGUCGCCGCACCUUGGCCCCCCGACAGCCCCGCGCCGCUCCGCGGCUCCGAGCGCUCCCUUCGCCCCGCUCCACCUCCACCUCCGCCGCCGGCUGCUCUCAUGCUCCUCCCGGCGCCCCGCGCUCUCCGCCCGCGUCUAGUGGAGGGCCCCGUGCGGAUCUGGCACCAGGAGAAUGCGUCCCGCUCCUAGUUCUCCCGACGGCUGCGGCGGCGUUUGCCCUCCUGCGAGAGAGGUUUGCUGGACAGACGGAGGUGCACGUGCUGGAAGACACGGCUGCUGACAGGGGUCAAAGGGCACCAUGGACAGUGGCCUGAGGGUCCUCCUGUCCACUGUGCUGUGUCUCAGCCAGUCUCUGCUCAUCAGCUGCUCAUCUCAAUAUCCCUCUUUUAGCUCCGAGCCGGCCUCCUUGGUUCAGAGUCGGGGCUCUGUCGCUCGCCUGCGCUGCUCAGCGGAUCCUCCGUCGGCGACGGUGUCCUGGCGCUUCAGAGGCCUUCCCCUGGACCAGGACACGCUGCCUGGCGUGGAGCUCAACGGCGGCUCGCUCACCAUCUCCUCCCUUAAGCCGGGCCAUGUUGGCCUCUAUCAGUGCGUGGCGCGCUUCGACCACGGGCCGGCCGUCGCCAGCCGCCUCGCGCGCGUGGACAUAGCAGAAAUGUCAGAGUACGAAGACGGCCGACGGCGGUCGCUAUCAGUGCAGGAGGGCAGCGCAGUUCUUAUAGAGUGUCCCCUACCGCACAGCGUCCCUCCAGCGCUGCCCAGACUAAGAGUACGAGGGGAGUGGAUGGAAGAGUCAACAGGUGACUAUUUAGUGCUUCCGUCUGGAAACCUUCAGAUCGUCUCCGCUUCCGUCCAGCACCAGGGCAUGUAUAAAUGUGGCGCGCUCAACCCUGUCACCGGGGAAACCGUCGUGCAGCCUCAUGGUACCAAGCUAUCAGUGAAACAUUCUGACGCCCCCUCCUCGGUGCGGAUAGUUUACCCCACUGCCUCCGUGACCGUUGAGGUGCUGCUGUCGCAGCCACUCACGCUCGAGUGUGUUGUGUCUGGCAGUCCUGCACCGGCAGCCAAAUGGUUUCAAAACGGUAAAGAGGUCACACCGGGGCCUCUUCACCGACAGCGGCACAACAACCUGGCCUUUGUGGCGGUGACGAGGAGCGACGAAGGAAGUUACAACUGCGCUACUGAGACCGAGCAGGGGACCGUGAUCAGCCCCAACUACACUCUGAAUGUUCUUGAGCCUGUGUCGGUGGUGAAGGGCCUGAGCGACCAGCUUGUCCCUCCUGGCUCCUCUGCGCAUUUCACCUGCGCAGCGAGAGGAAACCCCUCCCCGAACAUCACAUGGCUGUUCAACGCCGACCCCAUCGCGCCAUCGCGCCGCUUUCAGAUCUCCGGAUCGUCGCUCGUUAUCUCAGACGUGACUCCGCGGGAUGCGGGCGUGUACCAGUGUCUCCUGGACAACGGGAUCGGCUCGGCACAGUCGCAGGGAAUGCUUACAACACAAUCAGAUCCACAGCUGGGCCCCACUGCCGGCGUGCUGCUGGAGGCCUCGCCGUCCCUCCACCCAAUGCAAAGCGAUGAGGGCCGCGACGAAGACGCAGGCGACGCUGGCGACGCGAUCGAUCUUCCACCCGAUCGGAGCAGCGCCUGUCCCACCCCGGAGGCGCCGAUCAUCACCAGCCCGCCGCAGACUCACAAGCCCGAUCUGUACGAUCUGGAGUGGAGGGCGGGGCGCGACGGCGGCAGUCCAAUCGUCGCCUACUUUGUCAAAUACCGUAAGGUCGAUGAAAUGGGAACAGUGGUUGGGAGCUGGCACACAGUCCGUGUCCCUGGCAGCGAGAAGACCCUGCGGCUGUCGGAGCUGGAGUCCUCCAGUCUCUACGAGGUGCUGAUGGUGGCUCGGAGUUCAGCAGGCGAGGGCCAGCCAGCCAUGCUCACCUUCCGCACGGGCAAGGAGAAGAGCACCACCUCCAACAAGAAUCCGUCCAAGCCUCCCGUCGUCCCGAUGCCCCCCAAAGCCCCGGAGGACAAAAACCCAAACACGCACUUCGGCGUCAUCAUACACGACAGAGUACCCGAGGCCCCCGAUCGGCCGACCAUCUCCAUGGCGACGGAGAGCUCGGUGUACGUCACCUGGAUCCCGAGGGCAAACGGCGGCUCUCCGAUCACGGCGUUCCGCGUCGAGUACAGACGCGGCCGCGUCGCCGAGUGGGUUGUGGCCGCCGAUAACAUCUCACCGCUCAAACUGUCCGUGGAAGUUCGCAACCUGGAGCCUGGCUCUAUCUACAAGUUCCGUGUUGUAGCCGUGAACAUGUACGGCGAGAGUCCCCACAGCAUCCCCUCCAAGCCCUAUCAGGUGCCACAGGCCAGCCCGCGGAUGGCGGACCGCCCCGUGGUCGGACCGCACAUCUCAUCCACGGAUGCCAUCAGCGACACGCAGAUCAUGCUGCGCUGGACCUAUAGUCCCACGAGCAACAACAACACUCCGAUCCAAGGUUUCUACAUUUACUACAGGCCCACUGACAGCGACAAUGACAGCGACUACAAAAGAGGCGUGGUGGAAGGUGUAAAACACUGGCACAUGAUUGGACACCUCCAGCCCGAGACCUCCUACGACAUCAAGAUGCAGUGUUUUAAUGACGGCGGGGAGAGCGAGUACAGCAACGUCAUGAUCUGCGAGACCAAAGCACGUCAGGCCCCGGGGUCGCCCAGCCAGCACCCCAUCACCCCACCUGGCCCCCACCCGCAGGAGCCGCCCAGCCCCCCCGGAGGACUGCUCUACCUGAUUGUGGGCUGCGUUUUGGGAGUGAUGGUGCUCAUCCUGCUGGCUUUCAUCGCCAUGUGCCUGUGGAGGAAUCGUCAGCAGAACAACAUGCACAAGUACGACCCUCCCGGCUACCUGUACCAGCCAGCAGAGAUGAACGGCCAUGUCCUCGAGUACACCACGCUGCCCGGCACGAGCCGCAUCAACGGGGGUGUCCACGGGGGCUACGGCCACGGUGGCCCCAUACUCCCCCAAGGGUGCCAUCACCUCCACCACAAGCUCCCCAACGGUCUGGCGCUGCUCAACGGCUCCGGCGGCCUGUUCUCACCUGGCCACCCGCACGGCCACGAUGGCACCCUGCCCCACAGCACCCGGGACUGCGAGCACUCGCACCCUCACCACCACCACAACGGUGGAGGCAUGUACACAGCUCUUCCCCAAACGGAGUCUUCUGAUUGCAUGAGCUGUCAGAACCUCUGCAAUAAUAACAGAUGUUACAACAAGACCAAUGGCACUUUCUCCAGUGGCACUCUGCCUCUAAUGCAUCGCGUGGCGCCGUGCCAGCAGGACGGGCUGGAGAUGGUGCCUCUGGGCCAGGUUUCGCCCCAGUGCCACGGCCCCAGUGGUCAGAUGAACCCCGGUGACCAGGAGGCCGAUGCGGGCUACCAGCCCGACGAGCACAGGGGGUCCUCGCCCUCGCAGCAUUCCUGCUGUCUGGUCGGGAGCAAUGAAAACUGUCCGGCGGACAACACUGCCGAGGAGGAGCUGGAGUGCGUGGACACGGAGGGGCCUGUGCUGUGCUGGGAGAGUCUGGGCCUGCCCGACUUGGACUGUGACGAGAAGCCUGGGUGGAUCUCCAGCAGCAGCCUGGCGGGAGAGCUGAUCCAGCCCGGCCCACAGCAGGUCUGAACGCGGCCCACGCACAAACGCGCUCCCCCUGCAAUGUGGAGGGGUUUUUAGAUGAACCAGAGACAGAGAGUAGAGCUGCGGAACGGAUGAGGACCAGCGGCUGGAUAGUCAGAGACACUGCAAGUUUCGGUGACGAGGACAGAACUGAACUGUUUGACGGACUGGGCCGGGGCGAGCGACGCGGGGAAAGGAGAGCGAACGGCGAGAAGGCUGAGAGACACGCGGAAGAGAGUAAGGGGAGCGUUGCUCAGAGACAGACUCUGUGUCCCACUGGAGGGAAGACUCUCAUAAAAGAUCCACACACAAAAAAGAACUCUUUAGAUGACUUAUUUAUUUUUUGUAGUAGUAAAAUAUUAUUUCAUAUGAAUGUAUCUGUUUUUAAAGAAAAAAAAGUUUGUCUUUUAUAUUAUUUAUGCCUUUUGGAUGAGAAAUACUUUUUAUUUUUUGUUUUGUUUUUGUCCCUCCUGUUUUUCCACGUUCAAAGCGUGGAGAUUAGCCGUUGUCCGUGUAAAGUUUUUGUAAUAAUAUAAAGAGAAGAUAUGGAAGAGUAAA